AUGUCGACCACAACGCAAAUAGAAGCCAAGAGUGACCGCACCUUCGCGGCUCGUUUCGAGACCAAGGAUCUGGUUUCCUUUGAUGAAAACGCAGUCUACGGUGACUGGCGCGAUGAGUUCCAUAAGAACGGCUGUGUUGUAAUUAAGAACGUCAUCAGCCCAGAGCGUGCCCAAUACUACUGCGACAAGCAAAUUGAGUGGCUGAAGAACUUUGACCUAGGUUUCGACGAGAAGAACCCUGAGACCUGGAACGAAGACCACCUCCCAAUCAGCUUCAAGGGGGGCAUGUACUUCGGGUACGGGGCGACACACGAAAAGAUGGCAUGGGAAGCGCGAACCGAGCCCAAGGUCGUGGAGACGUUCGCCAAGCUCUGGGGUACUGACGAGCUUAUUUCAUCCUUCGACGGGAUCAAUGUCUCCAUGAAGCGCAAAGAUAUCUCGUGGAGUCCCUGGCCGCACUGCGAUCAGAACCCUGAGCGCAAAGGGAUGCAAGCUGUUCAAGGCCUCCUCAACUUUGCUCCCAAUGGACCUAACGAUGGUGGCCUGAUGCUGAUGAAGGGAUCUUCUAAGCUCUUUAACGAGUUUUUUGCCCACAAGCGUGAGUCAGCGGAUCAUGAAGAUGCUCCCCCUCCGGAGAUCAAGUACAUGGACCUCUUCAUUUUCAGCGAAAAGGAUGUCAAGUGGUUUGAAGACCGCGGCUGUGAGUUGUUCAAGGUCAACCUUGACCCAGGCGAUUUCGUUCUCUGGGACUCACGUACUAUGCAUUACGCACGACUCCCCGAGGGAGACCAAAUCAGACAUGUGCAGUACAUUUGCAUGACCCCUCGCAAGUUCGCAGAUGAAGAGGCGCUCAAGGCCAAAAAAUACUGCUUUGAGAAUUACCUCGGCACAACUCAUUGGCCUCAUUGCAAUAUCCGCCCAUCUGAAGAUAAACCAAUGAGAAAUGGAAAGGUUUGCCCCAAGUACAGAAGCGAACCUUUUGAGAAGCCUGUUGUCACGGAUCAGGUUCUUCGCCUGGCUGGAGUAAAGGAGUACUAA